AUGAUCUCACUAUCGCGGCUGCACAGCCUCUUGCUGGAAGUUGACCAUGUAGUUGGUCAGCAUCUUGCGGCAUUUAUGGAUGAGCCAGAAGGCAUGAUGCACGUGUAUAAGUGGCUUGUCGGGGCUCAACUCGUGUAUGUAUUCAACAUCAGGCCGUGUCCUAUCUCCGGCAUCAGCUUUUAUGCUCAUCUCAACCAAAUCCCGCGUUUCACCCUCUUUCUCCGUAUAUCUUUCGCUUUUGUAACAAUUUUGCAUAUGGCGCAGACACUCAUCAUCGCUCUGCGGUGUGUUCCUCUGGGUGAUCUGUGGGGCGUAGAAGGUAAAUGCAUGGGCUCGGUGAUUAUUUUUAUUUCGACAUCGGGGCUCGCUAUAGCCUGUGACUUGCUUGUGCUGUUGUUGCCAAUGAACAUUAUAUUUCUUGCUAUAGCCAAAUCUAGCAAGGAAGCUCGCCUUGGUGCUUGUACUUUGCAUGGGGAUUUUGUAGGUUCUCUUGUCCUUUUCGUCGGCAAUGAACAAAAUGAGGUGGUUAUCAUCUAUCUCUUUGGUGCGGUUAAUAUAGAACGUCCAUUCCCACGAAUGGUGUCCAUGAUAGUGGCCCUCCGACACCCGGAUGGCGCCACUUGGUAUUUCUCUGUCGUGAUGGCAUGGUCGGCCACAGAAAUUAGUUCCAUUAUCCCUCUUUCUCUCCCAGCAUUGCGAGCUUGGUUCAGGUCUGAACAGAAAUUGGUCGACGAUGAACCAUAG